CGUGGGUUCUCUCUCCUCUCCCUCCGCGAGUCCGUUCAGCCCGAGCUCUCUCGCAAGCUAUUCCGCUUGAUCAAACUUGAGAUUAACCUUAUCCACACACAUGAGGCCGCGGCCCGCGAUCGUAUGGCUAUCGCCACGCAGCUCUCCGAGUGGGGUGAACAGACCAGUGAUGAGGCCGUCAACGACAUAUCCGACAAGAUUGGCGUUAUUCUAAGCGAGAUAGGCCAGUUGGAGGAUGGGUAUGUGGCUUCAUUGGAUGUAUCGCGCAGUCAUCUCAAGAUGAUUCGCGACACCGAAAAGAGCGUUCAACCGAGCCGCGAUGGAAAGAGCAAGCUCUACGACGAGUUCCAGAAGCUCAAGGCGAAGGAGCCACAGAGCGCAAGACUGGUCUUGCUAGAGCAGGAGCUUGUUAGGGCAGAGGCUGAAAACUUGGUCGCCGAGGCGCAGUUGACAAACAUUACUCGCCAAAAGCUCAAGGAAGCAUACGAUGUGGAGUUCAAUGCAAUCAUAGAACGCGCCGAGAAGCAAAUCAUUUUAGCAAAGCAUGGUCGUCGUCUCCUAGAGCUUCUGGACGAUAAGCCGCUCUCGCCGGGAGAUGUUCGCCUGCCCUAUGAAAACGGAGCUCAAGCUCGCCAGGUGCUAAAUGAUGCUGAAGAUGAUCUCAAGGAAUGGCAGCCAGAGCACAAGGCUGCAAGC